CGUGGCUUUGCCAUAGAGCGCGAGAAUGGGAGCGGCGGCUGUUGGUGGCGGGCGUGCGUCACGUGAACACUCGGCUCAUGUGACAGGGGAAAAUCAAAACAGGAACAAAAUGGCAGCAACUGGAGACGAAGCCGCUGCCAUGGAUAGCAUCUCCAGGGCACCAUCGACUCAUUCGGCGACUCUGAAUCCGACCGCAAGUGAUAGCGGUCAAGCAGAGGGCCCGGGGGAUGCAGCGGAAAGCCUCGCAGCCGCUCCGAAAAAACACGGCACAAACAGUGAUGGUGGUGUGGAGACAGCAGAGGAGGCUGUGGAGCCUGCAGAGCCCGAUAUAAACGAGUUGUGCACCGAUAUGUUUGAAAAGAUGGCCAUCUUCUUGCAAGGAGAACUAACAGGCACUUGUGAGGAUUACCGUCUAUUGGAGAACAUGAACAAGAUUACUAGCUUGAAGUAUAUGGAAAUGAAAGACAUUAGCAUUAACAUCAGUCGUAACCUACAGGAUCUUAACAACAAGUAUGCAAGUUUACAGCCCUACUUGGACCAAAUAAACCAGAUUGAGGAGCAAGUAUCUGCACUUGAACAAGCUGCUUACAAAUUGGAUGCAUACUCCAAGAAACUGGAGGCCAGAUUUAAAAAACUGGAGAAGCGAUGAGGGGGAAGAGGCGGUAGACUGAGAGCUAUGGUGCCUUCCCUUUCACCCUGCCUUGCAUUCUGUUUUCCUUGCCAGUGGAGCCAGGACCUGCAGGGAGGAUGUGAACUGAGACUGAAACAACAAACAGUCAGAGACACUUUGACACGUAGAAAAUACCAAGGAGGAAGCAGCUGAAUGCACAUGAGUUAGUAAUGCAGUGUUUGACUUAGAUUUGACUCCAAUAUCAUGCAGCCAAGGUAUACAACGUAUACCCAAAUCCUUUUGCAGAUGUCUGUUUUUGUUUUUUGUUUUUUU